UUUCUUAAUUUGUUUUGGGCAGCAGUAGUCGCCCGAGUUUGAUCUUCCAAUUCCUUAUCUUUUCUUAUUUCUCACAUUUUUCUACGUUUACUACGUUUAGUUGCUCAGUGUCAGACUUUUCAAUGUGUUCAUGUGUUCAUACACACUGUUCUCAACUGUAAGGUCUUAUUUAAAACUUGUAAUUUGUAAGCAAUAAGCACGAAUUUUGAAAAUUUUAUAAAUAUAUUUAUUUAUUAAUUAUUAUUAAAUUUAAUGAUUGUAUUUUGCCUUUACUUAAUAGUUAAUAAGUAAUGACUAAUUACUAAUUAUAAUUUGUAAUACCAUUAUUAUUGAUAUACUUAAACUUUAUUGUUGAAGUUGUUCGCAUUUUUUAUACAAUGAGCGAAGGAUAUAAACCUUAUACACCAGGAUGGAAUGAUCCACCUUCAUACUCAUUUGAAGACACAGUGAGUGCCCAACAUGAAAAUCGACCUAAAAUAUUUGAUAGAAUACCUGCACGAGUCUUGUCAAAUGCUCCUAGUGAACAGUUUAAUUUAGAAAAUAAGCAAAUACCCUUAAAUAAUGAGAUAGUUUCCAAUGAAAUUUGCAAUGAUACUUCAACAAUCCCUGCAGUUUCGUCAUCGAUAUGUGACAUUCCUGUGGAAGAUCGCUUAUCGUAUGUGAUGUCAUCUCUGAGUGAUUCAAUCCAAAAAUCAACAUUACCAGAUUCCAAGAAAGUGGAUAUUAGUAAACGUUUAUCAAGAUUGGAAAUCAGUUGGAAAGAUAUUCAAUUUACAGAUGUAGUACAACAAAAAACUAUUGCAUUAGUUAAAGCAAUAAAAAUCAAUGAUUAUGCCGAAGCAAAUAGACUACAAAUGGCAUUAAUGGUUGACCACACACGUCAAUGCAACACUUGGAUACCAGCUAUCCGACAACUAAUUAAUCAUCACAUAUAAAAUUAUAUAUUUAUAAUAUGUAUAUAUUAAAUAAAUUAAGAUGAUUUUAAAAUUGGGUAUACAAUAAUUUACCUAGUUCAUAUUACGUGUACCAUGUGUAUAAUUUCAU